AUGGGCGAGCCUUGCCCUGUCUCCGACGCGGCUUCCCCUGUUUCCCCGGUUUCCCCAAUACAACCCAUCGCGCCCAUCCGAGUGGACGGUCGCGAGGCGGACUGGGACGUGGUGCUGGUGCUGGAUAACCGCGAGGUGCGCAGCCAGCAGGACCGCGGGUUUCUCGCGAACCAGCUGCACGCGGCGGGGCUGCGCUGCGAGGUGCGCGCGCUGGGGCUGGGGGACGUGCAGUGGACGCUGCGGCAUCGGGAGAGCGGGCGCGAAGCGAUGCUGGAUGUGCUGGUGGAGCGGAAAAACGCGCGCGAUCUCGCGCAGAGCAUUCUCGAUGGACGCUUCCGAGAGCAGCAGUACCGGCUGGGACGCUGCGGAGCCAGACAUCCUGUGUAUCUGGUGGAGGGAGGGCUCGCGACGCAGGACGUGCUGCCCACUGAUUCGCUGCUGACGGGCGUGAUGAGGACCGUGGUGAACCAGGACAUCUAUGUCUACCAGAGCACGUCGAUCGAUGAUUCGAUCGUGUUCCUGAGGAGUUUGCACGAGAUCGAGAAGGCCGCGGUCCAUCGGUACUUUGCGGAGGGAGAUGAGUGUGUUUUGAAUGUUAUAAAUUUGACUGCUAGUUCGUGUUUUCAUCCGCUGAAGAUCAGUUUUGCGGACUUUCAAACGCUCUACGCAAAAUCGAAGGGAACCAAGCUGAAUCAGCUCUGGUGUCGUCAGUUACGGCAGCAGAUCCCUCGAUGUACUGUCGCCAAGACAUUGAUCAUAGCCAAGCACUACCCUACGCUUGCCUCGCUUAUGCGCGCCUACAAAGAGCAAUCCUCCGUCAAAGAGAAAGAAGGACUGCUCAAAUUGCUGUGUGAUUCAAAUCGCAAGAACAAGAUUGGUCUUGCUCUGAGUCGCAAUAUUUAUCAUUAUUUAUGUGAUUCUUAA